AAAAACACAACACACAAAGUUUGGUCCUGUUGCUUAGAAGCGUCCAGGCGCCGAAAUCGUGAUCUGAGACAUCAGUGUGAGACUUGUGUGUGUGUUACACUGGAAAUCUGCACAAAAAAAGACUACCAAUCCAGUCUAUAAGGCUUCACUGUCAUCUGAUGGCGUUCUGCUUAGCUGAGCUGAACCUGUGGUCCUCAAGGAGCAGUCUGAAUGUGCAAGAUACAGAUAUUGGCACGUUCCAGUUUUAUGAGAAAGGGGACUCAGUUUUUCCUGCAGAUCAGCAUUACUACAGUGAGAAGCAGAACUUUACAGAGACACGAGGUUACCCGUGGUUCCUGAGUAACCGUCGUCCAGAGAGGUUGAGGGACGCCCUCAAGGAACUGGAGGAGUUGUUACAGUCCAAUUCCUGUGUUUGUACCAAAUGGAGAACAAAGCAUUGUUGCCAGAUGCUGUUGAGCUCAGGUGUUUUAGUGACCCUCACUCUGAGUGGAGUUCAGUUAGAGAGAGUGGGCAUCGACAAAACACUGGUGGGACGACUACCUGCUGAGACCAUCAAUCACGCGGUGAUCGGUGAACGCUUCCUCCUUCUCACCCUGGCAGAGAAGAGUCAGGUGUGUCAGGUGUACCUGGGUAGGCGGAGCCAGAGUUCCCCUGAGCUCUCAGCAUGGCGCCUUGAGAAGCUCUCAGCUGCCGAUAUUAAGGUCUCAUCCUUGGAGCUGGCAGGAGGAGGCGGCCGUCGUACAAGCAGGCGCGUGGCACUGAGCCGUGCUCAGGACGUGGGUGUGUGCUGGUGGCAAGGCGGGCAUGACGAAGUGUGGCCUUGGUCACCAGCUCCCAGUGCCUCAGAGCGGGCCAAUCUGGUACUGCUGGGCUUUUCAGAAAGUCCUGGUCUUAUGGUUCUGAGCUCCAUACGCACCGGUGGUGAACCUUUGGACUGUUGCUUCAGCCUGACCCAACCCUAUCAGAUACUCACAGUGGAGCUGCACAAGGAGGCCCACAGCUCCACCGCAGAGCUACGUGAGGACCAAAUUCACUCUACCAUUGGGAUGCAUGAGGAGGCUCAUGUCACUCAAACAUGUGUGUAUGAGCGUGCUCGUGGACGUUUGCAGCACCUCUCAGCUACAACUUUAUCUCUAUCUUCUGUUCCUGUGUCUUGGUGCCGCGACCCAAGUGAGCGCUGGCUUCUGCUGGGACUCCAGGACUCCUCUGUGGUGUUGGUCCACAUCGAAACAGGCCUCCAGACUCGUGUUACCUGCCCCAUGCUCCCCUCUUUACUGGUCUGGCAUCCUGAUGGAGGCUUGAUUGUAGUGGCCGGGGGACAGGGUGAACUGCAGGGUUUUGAUUUGGGACUCAGCCCUCUCCAACUGAAGCUCGUAUCCGAGGAGGACGUCGUCGGAACGAGUCUGCAGCUGGCCAAGCAUGUGAGAAUAUCCAGUGGGUUGGAGGGUCUGGAGUGGGCGCACUCACCGGUGUCACAGGGUGCAGAGGGGCUGGAAGUGCACGAUCUCCUGAUGCUCAGGUUCCACAGAGGUCCAGUGGCUGCUAUGAGACUCAGACUAGGUGUACUAAACGGUGCCCAGCUUGGGGCAGGUGAACUCCUGCAGCAUCGCCUGCGCUGUGAAGAGGUGGACGCUGCUCUGAGCAUUCUGGGUAAUAUGGACUGGUGCAUGAUGGGAGCAGACUGCUAUCGUGGUCUCAUCUCAGUGACUGAUCACCUGCUCAGAAAACCACUGAACGAGCAGACAGAAGCUCAGUUAGAAGCUGCUCUGGGGAUGUUCUACUCUCCGUCCAGAGCCUUAACAGACACAGUCAUACUGGAGUAUCGAGGCCCCAUCAUCCCGUAUGCACGGCGAUUCUUCCAUCACCUGCUCAGGCACCAGCGCUUUGAGAAGGCUUUUCUCCUGGCUCUGGACAUCGGCGCUCGGGACCUGUUCAUGGACCUGCAUUUCGUGGCCCGGGACAGCGGCGAGCCCGUGUUGGCCGACGUGGCCCGACGGAAGGCUCAGGAGCUGGGUGGAGAAGGUGAGCCCAAGCCACAGAAUGGAGUGUGUGUCACCCCCAUUAGCACACACACUGAAUGGACCAACCCCAGUAAAGCACACAGGAACACGAGAGUUGACUCUAAGGGAAAGAUGGACAAGGAGCUGGAAGAAGACUUCUCUGAGACACCGAUAAAUCCUGCCAUCUUGCCCUGGACUCAAACAGAACUCACGCUUACUGGCCACGACGCUCAGGUGUCCAAAGACUCCGGGCAGCUGAAAGUCAUUCAUUUUGGUUUAGUAUGAAUUUUACACACAUCAUCGUACUGCGUGUGUAAACGUGUAUAUUAGCUGCAACAUGGUGAACACACGACGCUCGCUUCUCUCAGGAGCUCCACUGACGUUUAUACUUCCGUUCUAGAAGCUGUUACAAGAUUUCAACACUAUAAGGAUUUCACAAAAAAAAAUAAAAAACAAUAAAAAACAGGAAAAAAUAUUUUCAAUAAAUGCCUGUAUUUUUAUUUUUUGUAAAUAAAAGUCUUUCGAAUUGAAA